AAAGGAAAGACCAUGGCAACUGAGAACCAAAGACGAACACUCAGCAUGGUAACUUUGACAGCAUUAGGACUCAUCUGCUUAGCCCUACUCCCCACCACAGAUUCCAAGCCUCUCUGCCCAGAACUAUUAAAUGUUAUGGAAUUGUUUUUAACUGGGAGUAAAGAAGACUACAUGAAUUCAGUGAAGAGUCACGUCGAUACACCUAGAAUUAUAAACACUGCAGAGAAACUCAAAGACUGUGUAGAAACAUCCAUGAAUCCUGAAAAGCAAAAGAAGGCUUAUGAUUUCGUGGAACACCUCUCCCAAGAUGUAUGUCAGAAAACUCUAUGAGUCAGGCUGAUGGACUACCAUGCAAGACCAGGAAGGACCAUGCCCAUCCCACCAUGCUUGCUGACCAGCAUCCAGACUUGCUGACCCUCAUUCACUGAUCCCAGCCUGGGCUUCUGACCAGCCCAUCAUGAUUCUACUACUUGACCCUCUAGAUACCCUUCAGCCUCCUCACCAAUCAUC